GCGGGCGGGGGGAGGAGAGGAGGCGGUCGCGGCGACGGGGAGGACGGAAGCCGGGAGGCUGCUCCUGAGGUACUUGUCCUGUCCCCAAAGGGCGUUCGGGAUUCUGCGCGCGCGCGUUGCGGGCUCGGGUGGAGGGGAUGGAGCGCUGGGCGGCAGCGGCCGGAUGGCCGGCCUGGGGCGGGCCGUGGAGGGCCGCCUGGGCUCGCUGGCCGGCCUGGGAGCUGGUGGCCGCCUGCGCGGUGAUCGGAGCCCUGGGCUGGCUGCUGCGCUGGCUGGAGAGGAGCAGGAGGCGGAGAGGGAGCCGCCGAGGCCCGGCAGUGCCUGGAGCAGGGGCCGCCUCGCCGGGCCCGUCGCAGCUGCUGCUGCCGCCUCAGCCCGAGCGCUGCUGUCCGGGGAGUCGCCGUCGCCAAGGGACAGUAACAAUGGAUGGCAUCUUGUCCCGAUUAAAGGACCUAACUCCUGAUGAGCUAAGAGAAGAAAUCGCUAAAGCUGGUCAGAAAUGUGGGCCCAUUACGCUCACCACCAGAUCGAUUUUCGAAAAAAGGCUAGCUCAGUCAUUAUUCGAACAGCAAGGCGGACUGGAGGCAGAACCCCUCAUUUCGAAUGGCGCCCCUGGAACUGCUGCAACGGAUAGCCAGUCCAAAAUAAGGAAGCCACCAGGGGAUCAGAAUGGCCAUGCAAGCACCUCUGAAGAGGGGGAUUUUGGGUACAGUAUGGGCUUGAACCCACCCGAAGAGGAAGCCCUCAUGCACAAGACCAGUGUCAACUCUCCAAUAAGCAACCAAACUCCAUCAAAGGAGCCCCUGCUCUACUAUGGCGUAUGCCCGGUUUAUGAUGAUAUAUUGGCAAGAAAUGAGAGGGUGCAUGUAUAUGAGGAUAAAAAGGAGGCUUUGCAAGCUGUUAAAACGAUAAAGGGUUCACGAUUUAAGGCUUUCUCAAACAGGGAAGAUGCAGAGAAAUUUGCCAAAGGGAUAUGCGAUUAUUUCCCAUCUCCAAACAAGCCCUCGUUGUCUUUGUCUCCUGUGAAAAACUGUUCAGUGCUUAACAGAGAUGGCUUAUGCUCUCCUGAGAUGGAAGCAGUUAGUAAAGAAAGAGCCAACAGUUACAAAAGUCCCCGGAUGCAGGAUCUCACCGCCAAACUUCGGAAAGCUGUGGAGAAAGGAGAUGAGACUGCGUUCUUGGAGCUUAUCUGGAGUAACCCCCGCUAUCUCAUUGGCUCUGGAGACAACCCGACGAUUGUACAGGAAGGUUGUAGAUACAAUGUCAUGCAUGUUGCGGCCAAGGAGAAUCAACCUGGGAUCUGCCGGUUGCUGUUGGACACUUUGGAAAAUCCUGAAUUUAUGCGGCUGAUGUAUCCAGAUGAUGACAUGAUCAUGUUACAGAAGCGCAUCCGAUACAUUGUUGACCUUUAUCUUAAUACACCAGAUAAGAUGGGAUUUGAUACACCACUGCAUUUUGCUUGCAAGUUUGGGAACCGAGACGUGGUUAGUGUGCUUUCUUCACACCCAGAUACUGUGAAGAACCCCAGAAACAAGUACAAUCAGACUCCAGCAGAAGUAGUUUGUGAAAGGAGUAAAAAUAAAUCAGCAGAACUGAAAGAGAAAAUCAGGGAAUAUUUAGAAGGUCAGUAUUAUGUGCCUCUCUUCCGAGCAGAAGAUAAUGCCUCGGCACCCGUGAUCGGAUUGCCUUGGUCUCCGGAUCAAACAAAGGAUAGCCCAAAUGCUGCUUUACCCAGAUACUUUGGAAGCCCUAAAGACCCUGUGUUGGCAGUGAGGGCUUAUGCAGGCCCAAUGAGCCUUUCCAAGGCAGAAGACUUCCGCAGGCUUUGGAAGACCCCACCCCGAGAGAGAGCAGGAUUCUUUUACAAUCUCAGAAAAUCGGAUCUGGAAAGAGGGGUUGAAAGAGUUGGAAGGGAGUUAGCUCAUGAACUGGGGUUCCCAUGGGUUGAAUACUGGGAAUUUCUGGGCUGUUUUGUUGAUCUGUCUUCCCAGGAGGGGUUACGAAAGCUAGAAGAAUACCUGAAUCACCAGGAAAUGAGCGAUAAGGCUCAGCAAGAAACAGGGGAGAAUGAAACCCACAACAGAUACAAAACUCCACAACCUUCUGGCAAAAGUAAGAAAAGCUGCAAUUCCAUUUCUGUUGGAGCAUUUCUAGAUGACGACGAUAUGAGCUUGGAAGAAGUAAAGAACAGGCAGAAUGCGGCCCGAAAUUACAGCCGGGCAGUCGCAUCCGACGAACAAACGAUCAACGCCAUUGGGAACUCGGAGUGUGAUAUCCUCUCUCUUGAACGUACCGGGAAUCUAAUACAAACAGACGCCUCUGGGAGGCACCUCGAAAAAGGGGUGGUUGCCAGUAAAAAUGGAUUUUGUAGCCCUGCGGCCAGUGACAGGACAAUAAGCACACCCAGGAGGCAUACGAGUCGGGGCGGAGAAGAGUGCCUUCUGUCGCCAGUUUCCAAUUUAAUGCAGGAAUUCGAUAAACUGUCCUAUGAGGACCAGGCUGCAGCAGAUGGGUGUGCAGCAGGGAAGCCAGACCCCACCACUGCCAAGGAUGAGAGUGUCCAAGUGGGAAGUAUCAGGCCGCUUCGGAAACCCAAGGACCACCUGGCCAAUGCAGGUGCGGGGAAGACAGAGGAGACGAAGAUAAGGACAGACGAAAAAUCACUUCUAGAAGCAGGGGGACUGUCGGCGGAAACCGCUGUCCAGCGGAGAGGGGCAGACCAGCCCUGCAGUGCCGAACUGCAGUCCGAGGUGUCCCCCCGAUGUCUCCCAAGGACCCCAUCCUCCAAUGGAAGAGCCAAGCAGCUCUUUCUCUUAGGGGAGAAGCCAUCCAAGUUGGACAAAGAUGUGUUAAGUGCACUGCAAGGGGUAGAAAUUGACUCACAAAAAUACCCAGCUCUUUGCAAGUGGAAUAUGUCCGUACAGUGCUACUCUUCUGCUGAACAGCAAAGUUGGUCAAACCCAGCACUGAAAGGAAGGUUCAAGUCCCAGAUGGCUCUGAGCCCAUCAAGUGGUCCAGCAUUCUAUAGCCCUGGCAAGUGCAGUCCGGUAUUUGGGAGCCCUGGGAUGUACAAUACAGUUGCUGCUGGCGCCUCUCCAGAAUUUGUGAGUCCCGGAUGGUACAGCCCAGCAUAUGUGAACCAGAUUCGGUUAUCCAGACUGCAUCACUUUUCAGGAUCUGCCCAUUAAAAUGCAACUCUCUUUAGAGCUGCAAAUAUUUUGAAGUGAAGGAAAAUUAAGAGUGUUGGAACACUGAUGUGAUGUGUCCCCUGACCCUUUUAUUUAUUUAUUUUCUUGGAGGAGGGAGCUGCUUGCAGACAUCUUCAUUCUAUUUACCAGAUAAUUAUUGGUGAUUUGUAGAAUUAUUUGUGUUAGUAAAAAAAAAAAAAAAAGACAGAAGGUCAUCACCUGAACAGUAGACCUAAAGCAUUUCCUAACAUGACUGUGGAUAGAAAUAGUGACCUUUUUAGGCUACAUAUCCAUCAGCAACUCUAUUCUACCCACACAGUACUUAUCUUCAUUAUAGUCACUGUAAACUGCAGGCAACUCAAGAUGGCAAGUUUGUAUGUCAAUAUUAGUCUUCCAGUUGAGCUGGGAGGGAGAAAUGGCUGUUUUCCAGAGAAUUAUUCUGUAUACAUGGGCAACAAGCAUAUGGGAUUACUCUGAUUUAAUUAAGGCUGGUUUAAAAGAGCAGCAGGUAAACACUUAAAAGUGUCAGAAAUGGAUGAUGAACACCUAAAGUUCAAACAGUUUCUUUCCCCUCAAAAAGCAUUUAUCAUGGGCAGACAAGCACAUUAGCAAUAACAUUACCAAAGUUACCACUGGUCUUUCCUUAAUGGUCUAGUUCACUGUUAUACUAUUGAGAACAAACAACUUCAAAGCUAGUUCCUUGCUUGAAACCUGUAGAUAAGUGGUUCUUUUGGAAGGAACCCUCUAAAAUCUACAUUUUUUGGUUAUUGUAUUCAGAGCCUUUUUAGUAGCAUAGUUCUUGAUUACACACAGAUACCUAUCCUUAUGUAUGUUGGAGACAUUAGCAAGAGACAGGUUGUAAUUGGGAAUAUUUAUCAUGCUGCAAAUGGAAGGUACUUCCCCCUAGACUGAGAUUGAAGAGAGGUGGAUAGGGGAUGUAUCGCCUACCUUGAAAUCAUUGCUGCAUCAGCUACUGGUUUGGUGGCUUUAACAGCAAACUAAUGUUUUGGGACAGAACUCCAGAACUGCACUCAAGGCUCUUCCAAAUUGAUUAGUGCCUUUUGUAACAUAUUUUUGUUUAGUAUUUUUGAUCUUAACAAGUGCUGUUCCCUUAUAUGAACACUCUAAGUACAUUUUAACUUUCCAGCACUUUUCAAUUGAGAAAUUUUUUUAAACUGUCCUUAUAGUUGCAAGAGAUGCUAUAAACAUUCGUUUAUUACAUAGUUUAUUUAAUAGCGAUGACCAAACUGUAGAUUGAAUGAGAAUUUCCAAUUGAGGCGACUCUUAAUCAUACCAUUUCUUUUAAUCAGUUGGACAUUCAAAAUAUACUUGUUUUAAAGAACUGAACCAUUCAAAUAUAACUUGUGUACAGUUUAAGAUUAAUCCAGCUGUCUCAUUUUCCAGUAAGACUCACUCAUAACCUUAUUCUAAAAAUGAGGUCUGACUUAAUACCUUAACUUUGUUUUUGAACAAGUACUUAUGCCCCCUGCGUAAGGCAGUCACAGCCCUCUUGCAGAACUUUUUCCGUGGUGUACAAACUUUCUUGCUUAGCAUCUACAGCUUACUGGUAAACCAAUUUAAGCAAAAGAGUGUUUUGUUAACUUUUCCUCUGCUUUAUCCUUGUUAUAUGCCUUUUUGUAUUUAUGUAUUUCUGGAGCACAAACUACCAAUUUAAUGCUUGUAUUUUAGUGGGUGAUGGGUCCAAAGGGUUGGUGUUAGAAAAAAAGUGUCUAGAAUUCACAUUUGGGUCUUUUUGUCAUGUGUUCAAGUGAAUUUUUAACAACCUUAUUAAACUUGUUUGUUUAAAAUG